AGUCAUUGGUCCCUUUCUUUUGGUAAUCCUCGGCUAGGAAAGUGAUCGCACUAAGGUAAAUAUUGUUGUAUCUUAUCCGUGGUUGAACGCUGCGCUAUAUUGAUACGCUUAGAGAAUUAUAAACAACAUAAUCUGAUCUAUUUUUCAAUGCCCAACAGAUUAAUUCUGGUUGGACAACUUAAUAUCGACAGCGAUCGGACGGCUUGGUAACUCGAGGAGCCGGGUGUCGUUCAAAUGACGGUUGAGCAGCCAGUGAGGAGCAAUGUCGUCCGCUGAGAUAUGUUAGCUUGUUGACAGCUAGUCAACAAGCUAACGUAGUUAAUUAGCGUAGCUAAGACUCCUAAUUUAUCGAAAGCAUCGACAUGGCUUGAUAAUAUAGUAAUUGUUAGUCAAUAUAUUCCCUUUAGGGGAUGCUUAGUUGCAAACGAAUGCGUUGAGCAACAUAUUGUGUGAGGAUAAUAUGAGGACUUUCGAGUUAGCUUAGUUCGAUAGCUGAAAUCGUUUUAUUACCCAAGUGAUUUGUCAGUACAUUUGUGACCGUAUCUUCAAUAAUAUGUGACAGGGCUUCACGGCUGGUAUCUAGUGUUGCUCUAGCUUCCUCUUUAUUGGGGCUUGGCUUGUGGCUAAACGUGUUCUUGAGGUUACAUCUAUACUCUCCUACCUCUAUACUAUCAGUUUCUUUUUUUUUGAAAAUGAAAAACUGUGAGUAUCAACAAAUAGACCCACGAGCGCUCAGAACAUCGACCACCCGGACCUCCACCAACAAAAACGUACGCGUACGGAGGAAAUGGGAGGUUUUUCCUGGAAACAAUCGCUUCUAUUGUGAUGGCCGUAUUAUGUUGGCCAGGCAGUGCGGUGUGCUCCCGCUGACCAUCGGCCUUAUUUUCAUCACCAGUGGCUUAUUCUUCAUAUUUGAUUGCCCCUUUCUGGUGCAUAACCUCACGUUCUUCAUUCCAGUUAUUGGUGGGGUGUUAUUUGUAUUUGUCGUCAUCACCCUCUUUCAAACCAGUUUUAUAGACCCAGGGAUUUUACCCAGGGCUUUGCCGGAUGAGGCUGCAGACAUUGAGAAACAGAUUGAUAAUUCUGGAUCUUCAACAUACCGUCCACCUCCCCGCACUAAGGAGAUCCUUAUAAAUGACCAGGUGGUCAAGCUUAAAUACUGUUUCACAUGCAAGAUGUUCCGUCCGCCUCGGACAUCCCAUUGCAGCCUGUGUGACAACUGUGUUGAGCGGUUCGACCAUCAUUGUCCUUGGGUGGGGAACUGUGUUGGGAAGCGAAACUAUCGUUUUUUUUACGCAUUCAUAGUGUCACUAUCCUUUCUGACCUCCUUUAUCUUUGGAUGUGUGAUUACUCACCUCACAUUAAGAUCACAAAGUAUGAAUGGUAUCAUCCAGGCAAUAAAGGAGAGCCCAGCCAGUGUUGUCGAGCUAGUCAUUUGUUUUUUCUCCAUCUGGUCCAUUCUGGGUCUGUCAGGUUUCCAUACUUAUCUUGUGGCCUCCAAUCUCACAACCAACGAAGAUAUCAAAGGCUCUUGGUCCAGUAAAAGAGGAGAAGAAUCAGGGAAUCCGUACACCUAUAACAACAUCUUCACAAACUGCUGUGUGGUGCUUUGUGGGCCGAUGCCACCCAGCUUGCUUGACAGAAGAGGCUUUUUACUUCCAGAUGAUGCACCUCAAAUUGUGACCUCUGACACUGAGCUCCCUCAUUUCGUGGCUAAGAAUGACACAAAUAUGUGCACACAGGGCACAAAGGAGCUUUUAGAAUCAAUGGCACACUCUACAGUGAUCCAGAGCACCUGUGCUCCGGACACACCGAAAACCACCCCGGUCCCCCAAGAGAGUCUACUAAGGACCGUCUCUAUCACUGUCUCUCCCUCCAGCAAGUCUCCUUCUACCGGCUGCUCAGUCUGCCAGGCCCGGUGCCCCAUUGACGCUCCCUGCUCCCAGAGAGGGAACAAACAGGCCGCUCUUCACACCCAUAAACCCAUGUUGCGUGUAUCCAGCCCUCCCUACUCCCUUGGCCACAGUCCGAUCAUUCUUAGUGACACUCCCGACAUGGGCUUUAUCCCACUUAACUGAGUGCAGUAUCUCUGCCACCAGCAGCCUUGUGCAAACACUGUCCUCGCUUUUACAACUUUGAGAACAGCAUCACACUUUUUAAGAAACUGUGACAUACUAUACUCAGGAUCCUCUCAGGAAACAUGCCAUCUUUCAUCAAAUGGGAAUAAGCCUGCAUUGACUUCUUAAAUAUCAGAGGGAUUUUGAGAUUUUUUUUUGUACCGUUAACAACAUCAUACACUUGGUGGAGAGAAACGCAAAACAUCUUCAGAUGAUCAGUGUUUUACAGAACCUCAAGCCAUUUUUUUUCAGCCUUUUGCCAUCCGCUUAGAUCUAAUGCAAUAAUUAUAUACUUUGAAAGGUCACUUGGGUCUAAAAAAAGCCUUACUUCAGUCACUUCUGUUCAUUUUGGUGUUAAAAUACCUUCUACAAUAAAGUCAUUGUUAGUUAAAAAGUAUUCACACAAACAGCCAAGUAUUUAAACAGCAGUUAUGAAUGGGUAUCAGCGAGCUCAGGAUUCAAGGGUUAAUGAGUUAUCUAUGUACGCGAUACAAUGUUACUUUUGGUCCAAGGUUUAUUUUCUCCUGUAUAAUGUUGCGGCUACAAAUUAAUUAACAGCUUUUAUGUUUAUUUUGUGUCAUUUUAAUACAGGGUCUUUCCUUCAUUGAAAAAUUUUCGGUGGCAGCCCAAGUGAAAUUUGGGCGUCCUAAAGCAAAUGCAAUAGUAUUUGAUACAAUAUUUUCCCCCUAAGAUCAUUGUCUUCAUCUUGAGUUCUGCAUUUUUAGGUGGAAAGUGCUAGAGCACAGCGUGAACCACAGACCACAAAACCUGCGUGACCCAUUUAAAUUCUACUGAGAAUUUUCUACUUUAAAGUACUGUCAAGGAAGUCAAAUACCUUAAAGAACUAGUUAGCCCUAAAUUCAUAAACUGUAAUCUUGGGAAUGUGGAUGUUGACUUCCCAUAGCAUUUUGAGUUAGAAAAUUUGGUAACGCUAUUGUACAUUUCAAUUUUAACUAAUGCAUUAAUUAGUUAAUGCAUUAGGUAUCAUGAACUAACAAUGAAAUUUUUUUUUACAGCAUUUAUGAAUGUGAUAACUGUUAAAUUCUACAUAUACUUUUUAACAUUUCAAGUCAUAUCGACAAACAAUGUAUUAUGAGCAAACAUUAGUUAAUUCUAACUUAGAUUAAUAAAUUAUUUCAAAAGGUGUUUUUCAUUAUAAUUUUAAGAUUACCAAAUGUAAAGUGUAAUUGCAUGUAAUUGUAAUUGCUAUUAUAAUGCAUAUUAUGGCACAAAUUAUGUAUAAUGCAUAAUU